UUUUAAAAACAAACAUAACUUUAUAUAUAUUGUACAAUGUUACGAAAACUUUACAGAUGUAGUCUAAAAAACAGCAAUACUUUAAUACGAUAUAAUUCUCAAGUUAAUAAGAAUGUUGUAAGUAAAGACCUUAAAACUGCAAAUGUUAGUCUAGAGAAAAGUGAAGAAUGUUUUCUGCCGAAAGAUACAAAAUCUGUUUUGGAACCUCUAGAUGAAGAUAUCUCUUACAUAUCUACAUAUCUAAAGCCUACAUUUAAUUUUGCUGCAUAUAUUAACAAAUCUGAGACUCUGCAGCAUCUUCUUAAGUUAGGUGUUAAUUUACAUCAAAUAGAAAAAAACGUAGAAGACGUUCAGUUUAUAUUAGGUCUUAAAUUUGAAGACAUUAAGGAACAUAUUAUAUUUUUAAACAAUUUGGGUUUAGCGACGGAAGAAAUUGGUUAUCUAAUUACUAAAAACCCAUUGUUAUUAAAAGAAGAUUUAGAAAAUUUGAAAAUUAGGAUCAAUUAUUUAGAAUACAAAAAAUUUUCUAAGGAAAUGAUAACACGUAUUAUUAAAGCAAAUCCUUUUUGGUUAACUCGCAGCACCCAACAAAUUGACGAAAGCCUAGGAUUUUUUCAAAAUCAUUUUCAACUUAAUGGGAAUGAAGUUAGAUUAGUUGCUGUGACAUGUCCAAAGUUAAUAACAACAAAAAUUGAUAAAAUUAAAGUAAACAUCUUCGUUUUAAGAGAAGAAAUGGGUUUUAACUAUGAAGAAUUAAAAAAAAUGUUAUUAAGGAAACCAUUAAUUUAUAUUAAAGGACGAGAUCGAAUGUUAAAAUCCUUUGAAUACCUUCACAGAGACAUGAAUAUUCCUUCGGAAAGAAUUGUUGAAGAACCUGAAAUAUUAACGUGCCGGCAAAAAAGGUUAAUAGAAAGACAUUCUUUCUUAAGUAAACUAGGAAGAGCCCAAUAUGAUCCAAAAAAGCCUAACUAUGUAGCUUUAACUUCUCUGGUUUCUGGAAGCGAUUCAGAUUUUUGUGUUGAUAUAGCAAAGUCUUCUGUCCAAGCUUAUAAUGCAUUUUUAAAAAGUUUAUAAAUAUAUAUUUAUGUAAAACUUA